CCGCGUCUGAACAUAGGAAGGAGCCAUGUUGAACCAGCUCCUAAUACCAUGGUUUUAAUAACGCUACACUAAAUCUACUGUCAAACCUGGACUCUCAGUGACUCGGACGAACGGUAAACCAUAUGAAAAAUGUCAGCGGACGAUUUUCAGACCAAGUACGCCUCUGUCAUGGAGAGUAUGCUCAAGAGCGCUAUCGAAGAGACCACCAAACUUUUCGAAACUAUGGUCGACGACCUGAAGGCAGAAAUAUCCAGAAUCAAGAAGGAGAACGAGGACCUUAAAACAAGAUGCAGCCAGUUUGAGAAUGGGAAAAGCCAAACGACUGUUUACACGAAAGAAAGUGAGCCCUUUCCAUGGCCAAACCACUGCUCCGAGAAACGUGACACAGCUGUCCAAUGUGACCUAGUUCCUUUUCGCACCAUGCUGGUGGAACAGUGUCAACCACUGAGAAAUUCAUCACUGCAAAACCAACAGCAACAAUGCAGUUAUGAGGAGAUGGAGUAUGGUUUGCACGAGGACAACUAUGGGACCCAUGAGGAGGGAAAUUCUCAAAUGGCAUUUAUACUUGUCAAACAGGAGGAAUCUUAUGAUGAUUCUUCUUUGCAGUCUAUCUUGAAGCAGGAGGAAGUUGAGCCCACUGUAGUCUCUAAUGAAGAUUUACCACAGGCCACUGCUUGUGGAACUGAAAACGAAGGACCUCUCAUUAACCAGGAAUAUUUAACUGGAGAAAUGCUGGGAAAAGAUGAGGAGACCCAAGCAACCCUGGAACUACCCUGUUUACGAAUGGAUAGAGGUUUACAAGGGGUCCAGAACCAAUUAUCUGGACCAGAGCAUUCAUUAGUUAUCUCAUUCACUGCAAUAAAAGAUGACGGGGAAGACAAGACAGAGGUAGGACUUGUAACAUCUGAAGAACAACCAGUGAUGACUGCUCAGCAACAAUCAGUGGUUGAAGCACUUGAAAAACAGCAGCCAUCAGUGGUCCCCCAACAAUGUCAAAGAGAGGGAGAAACAUCAGCAAAUGAACAAACCGAUGUUACUCUUCAACAAUAUGCUGAACAGUUAGCAGAGUCGACACCACAAAACAAAGAAGUAGCAUGUCAGGAACUAAAAAAUGGAAUAGGAGAAGCUGAGUCUAAUUCCCAGCCAGUACGCCGCAGAAGAGGACGGCCACCAAAGAAAGGAAAAUGUCCACAGGAGCCAGUGAAAAAAAUACUUGAGUCGCUAUCUUCUGAUAUUAGAACCGAGCAAGAUGUGGCAAAUUCCCCUUCAUUAAGUGAAGAAGAGGUUGAGGUCUCUUCUACAGUCGAUACAAUGAAUAUAACUGCAUCUGAGUAUCCACAAGCAUUUCCAGUUAAGCCUACAAACACUUCAUCCAUUGUCACUUCAUCAGUCCAGGAGAGAGUGCACACUGCUUCAGGAGAUGUAGGUGAGAGUAAUGUUGGAUCGUUGUCUGUUUCAGUAGCAUCUUUGUCUAAAGGAUGUUCCUCUGAAAUACGAAAACCAUCUGUAUCUCAACAGCUUGCCAUGGAAACGGAAGCUCCAUCCAUUGAAGUUUCAUCUGCAACUGAAUCAUUAAACUCUACACCAGCGGAGUCACGACAAGCGCCAUUAGUUCAGCUUAGAGCACGCCGUACCUCUGUAACUCUGCAGGAUGCAAUUCUACUAGUUGAAGCCAUGAAUCAGUCAACGGAGGAAAAUACACUCUCCUCUCCAAAGAGACUGGCAGCACCACCCCAAAGCCAGCAAGCUCCCAGUGUGUGUACCUUACAAACUGUGGAUGAGGUCCCAGCUGAGCCACAGACACCACCGCUUCUUAUUCAAACUUUUGAAGCUGCAGGCAGUCAACACAUAACGGAGACUGCAGCACAAUUGACAAAUACACUUAGUGCCAGUCCUCGGGUUACAAAUUCCACUCCAACCAAUGAAGCUCGAACCCACAUUAAGGCUGUCAUACCUCAACAACAUGUGGUCACUCUUCCUUUCAAUACUGUUUCACUGCCAAUGUCAUCAUCAACUGCUGCAACUCAAACAAAUGCGCAGUCACAGCAGCUCCUUCCCCAUCCACUCAAAACAUCUGCAGCACCAAGUCAACAGAGUAACGCCGCACCUCAUAAAAUAAUUAUUGUGCCAAGAUCAGUACCCUCAUUAAUACAUCAUAAAAUUACAUGCCUUUCUGCAACAAAGCUUCCUACUUUUGUGUCAACAGUUGUGGCUGCACCAAAUACUAGUUUACUUCCACCUUCUCCAGCUGCAAGCUUACCCCUUGGAAAACCUUCCUUUUCCCCUGUCCCUCAAGAAAAAAAAAAUGUUACCUCCAGAAAGUUGUUUCCUGUUGUCCUGUCACAAUCGACCAGCACCUCAACAGACCAGAAGUCAGGAAUUCUACCACAACCAAAAAUUACAAUUACAGUUCCGAGAUAUGUGCCAGCUGUGGCCUCAAGGACACAUCAGUCACAGACAGUUGUUCUUACAAGGGAGAAGGGAUCAGCAGGACCAGCUGCUUCUGUGACAGUAUCAUCGUCACAGUUAAUGUCUUCGUCGCAGGAGUUAACAGUUUCUGUGGAUGCACAAACCGCUUCAAAUGAAGUGGCUUUGAUAUCGUCUCAAAAUAGGGUUAAUACAACUGACCACAUGGAAUCUCCCAAACAAACUUGUUCCAGUUUAAAAAUGUCAGUUCCAACUGGGCUAGUGCCAGCUUAUGUGUCUCCACUGGAACAGAAGCUCUCACCAAUGGUCAGAUUAACCAAACUGCCAUUUUCAGUUUCAAUCAAAGAAUCGGUGCUGGUCUCAAGAGUGCUUCCAAAUAGUUGCUCUGAAACUCAGUCUCUUCUGAAUGAGAAUACCACACAAGAGAAUCUAUCAUCUGUAGUCUUAUCAACACAGCCAUCAGAGAUGCCAAUGGUGUUCACAGACAUUUGUCCCAGUUCAAAGAAAAUUUCUGUAUCUGUAAACACCUCUCAGAUAUCAGAAGAGCAAAAUGAUAUUCAAGAAAUGGCAUUGUCAUGCUCUGAAACAUGCUCCAUUUUGGGAGAGUCAUACGUCAGCAAGUAUGUGCACCCAUCUACACCACCCAAGGUGACAGCACCAGUCUUGGAGAAGUCAGAAGCAGCCAUCGGCAUGACUGAACCUUCAGCUUCUAAUUUUGUGGAGGAAAUAAUAAGUAAUGCAGUUCAAGACUGUGCACUACCUAAUGACCCCCCCACAGAAGACAGUCAAUCAGCUGCCCUCUUACAGCUAACCUCUGUCACAUCCAAGGACACAUCUGAAUCUGAUAUACGGAUUACUAAAACCCAGUUCCUGGCACAGCUGGCAGUGUUACCUGUAGUUCAAGCCCCAGAAAAGGCCUCCACUAAAGACUGUACGGAUGCCAGAGCUUCUAGUGCAGAAACCUCCACCAGUGGCAAUAAUCACUUACAGAAAAACUCCCUUGUGGCCCGACUCCGAAGUCACCUCAAAACUCACUUGCAAACUAGAGGAACUAAAACAAAUUCAGAACUUUGCACAGAAACAGAAGCCACCACUGUAAGCUCUAAGAAACUUAGAUUAGAGGAUGAUAGUCCAAAUGAUAAAAACACAACCAGUGAAUGUAUUCCCAAUAGCCUUAAAAGGCCAGGUGUGGUUGAAGAUGUUACAUCUCUCAAUAAGGCUACUAAUGACCCCAUUCCCAGUAGUCCAAGGAGAACUGGACCCUGUAAAGAUGCUUUUAGACCCAAGAGGAGUGUUAGCGAACCAACUAAGUCAAAGACUACUAGUGAAUCCACACCAAGGAGGUUUAGUUCAGGGAGAGAUGGUGUAGGCUCUAAAAAUGCUAAACCCACUUCUGUUAGUCCUCGAAGGUCUAGUUCAUCAAAAGAUGAUGCAAGCCCCAAAAAUACUAAAAAUGGUGCUAGCCCUAAAAAUGCAAAAUCCACUUCUGUGAGCCCUAAGAGGACUGGUUUGACUAGAGAAGGUGCUAGUCUUAAAAAGACUGAAUCCUCUGCUGUUAGUCCUGGGACAUCAAGUUUGAGUGAAAAUGGUACAAGCCCUAAAAUGUCUGAAUUGAUUUCUGUCAUCCAAAGAAGGUCUACUUUCACUCAAGACAGUUCUAGCACUAAACAGAUUAAAAGGGAAUCCAGUUCUUUCACUCCUAGGAGGAGAACCACAGGUACUGCUUUAGCUACAACAAAGAGUGAAACCUGUUCGCCAAGUGUUAGGUGGCCUAAACUGGUUAAAGACGGUGUCAGUUCUAGAAAGACUAGGGAAUCUACUCCUUCUAAAAAACCCAGAUUAAUUCAAGAUGGUACUGCUCCUAAAAGGAAUGCAAGAGUUUUGAAUGCUAAGAAGUUAGCUAAAGCAGCAAAAGCCAAAACCAUUGCUAAAAUUAAAAAUUCCAAUCAGUCCAAACUGCAGAAUCGAGCUAAAACAAGCCAGUUAGCAGAGAACAAGGCUGGCUGUGAGGCUGUGAGAAAAUAUACAACUAAAGCUGUGUGGAUUCCUCCCAGGAUUCCAGCCAGUAAAACACCAUCAGCAGGUGGAAAGAGGUCAUCGCUGUUACCAGUAAAGAAAGAGAAGAGAUCCCCAAAAUCCCAGAAUCUUACGGUAGUUUACCCCCCCAGUAUUUCUCUCCACCCCAUACCUGUCAAAGCACCACCUAUUAUAUCACCACUACAGCCCUUGUCAGUCAUUGGUGGGCGUCUGCUAAAAAAUCAGUGUGGGGAGUGCGGCCGUGUCCUCAGUAGCAGUGCUGCCCUUGAGAGCCAUGUAAGUCUUCAUACAGGACGUCGACCUUUUUCAUGCACACUCUGUGGGAAGAGCUUCCCAGACUCCAAGGGUCUUAAACGGCAUGGCCGGGUGCACCGCAAUGGUAGGAUCCAUACCUGCCAGCAGUGCGGCAAGGGCUUUGUGUAUCGUUUUGGCCUCACCAAACACCUACAGAUGGUGCACAGUAGGAUUAAACCUUUUGUCUGCCAGAUCUGCAACAAAGGAUUCUUCACAAAGCGAGAUGUGGAAGCCCACAUACGGAUCCACACAGGGGAGAAACCAUUCCACUGCAACCUCUGUGACAAAAAAUUCACAAGGAGAGUGGAACUGAAUGUGCAUUUGAGGUGGCAUAACGGGGAGAAGAGACACUGGUGUCCAUUCUGUGGAAAAGGAUUUUUAGAUUUAAAUAACCUGAAAAGGCAUAAGUAUAUCCACACAGGAGAGAAACCACAUUCCUGCCCACAUUGCCCCAAGCACUUCACACAGUCAGGCCAUCUGAAAAAGCAUGUAAAAAAUGUACAUAAAAUUGAAUGAGAGAGGAGCAUAGAUGCCACUGUGUUCCACUGAGAAUUGUAUAGAUUUUUAUAAUGAGAGAUAUUUAGUCUUGUAAUGUGAGAAUAUUUUCCUUUCUUUGACACAGUGGAUUUCUAAAACAAAUGCAAAUAUGGAGUUGCAGUCCCAUUUUUUUUUUUUUUUUAUCUAUCAGGGGAUAAUGUCUUUUUUAUUAUUAUUUUAGAAAUGCUUAAAGGAAUAGUUCAACAUUUUAGAUAAUACUUAAUUGCUUUCUUGCCAGAAAGUAGAUAAGAGGAUCAAUAUCACUGUCAUGUCAGUGUGUGAAGUAUGGAGCUGGAGCCAGGAGGCGAUUAGCUUAGCAUAAAAACUGAAAGCUAUUACAUUAACUUGAAUUUGUCUAUUUAAAUGGUAAAAAAAAAAAAACGAGGGUCACGUCUCCACUGAUUGCCUGGCAACCUCACAGUCAAGACAAUACUGGGAAGUCACUGUGCUCCUGACAGAGUAAAGAGAAAAGUGGAGACAUGAAUGACGACGAUGUCAGAAGUCUCAUUAUAAUCAUUUUUUAAAUCAAGGUUGAUGCUAAGAAUAUGUGUGAGAAAAACAGCUUUAUUUUCUCUUGGUUAUUUAAACUAUUAAUCCUUCGGUUUUUUUUUUUAUUGAACAGGUGAUAUCACAUGACAUGUGAGAUCGAGUCACAUGAGAUUGGUCAUGGGCUUUAGUGCCAACAUCUGCAUAUAAGAGCCAUCACACUGAUAUGUUUUCUAAUUGGUUCAUCACAAUAUUGUCAGCUGAUAUGUUAAAAUCUCUUGUGAUAUUUUAAAAAAUUUAAAGUUUUUAUUUAAAAAAAAUUGCAAAAGUUUUGAUAAUUUUGAUUGUAAUAUUUGACAGCUGUUACAGUAUUAUUUUGGAACUUAUAGUAAAUAGUUAAAAAAAAUAUUGAGGUAUUGAAUUGUAAUUAUUAUUAGUUAUUUAACUGUAAAAAUGUCAAUAGUUUAAAUUGUUUUUGUAAUUUAGAUAAUUUAUAUUGCUGUCUCUUUCAUUACAUUGCUGUUCUCUUCUGUUGUUAAAGAUGGCAAUAAUUGUUAAUUGUAAUGCUUGUGCAAUAAUUUGCCACGUUAAGCAAGGAUUAUUAACGUGCAUUCACACUGAACAUGAGACAAAUUGUCACCUCGCAAGAAUUUGACCAUUGGAAUGUAUUUGCAGUCUGUGUAAUCCUUGAAACGCCAGUGAAUGUGACUGUGCAGUCAUUGUCUGUCCAGCUGUGUAUGUUUGUACCUCAGACCAGACUCUAAUUUGACCUCCGGGCUCAUCUCUCUCCUCACCCUCUGUAUAAUCAUGAAGUGGAGGGUUAUAGUUCAUAUCACUCCAGUUGAUUUCACUUUGAGCCGAUACACAUUCUUCUCAAUUCAUGCCACAAUCAUGUCGCCUUGAACAAACUCACAUCUGAUUAUGUUUACAUGAGUUUGUCUGCAUUUGUGUUGCUUGCAAAUCUGGCUUUGUAAUAUAAAUGUAUAUGUUUGGUCUCCUUUAGAGGAUCGGUCACUGGCUUGUAAGUAGCAUUAGGGCACAGCUUCAGCAGCCAGCUGUGUUGAAGUGCAGCAAAUUGAAAGUCUGACUGAAGUUGGAAUUAAUUAAACAUUAUUUUGUAAUGUCAAAUUGCACAAAAGACAGUUUGAUGCUUGUCUUUAAUUCUUUCUUUUUCUUUUUCUCUGAAAGAUGUUUUGAAGUUUUUUUUUCCCAUUUUCUUAAACUUAAUUACAUUCAAGCAAUUGUUGGACAUUUAAGAAACUAAAUAUUCUGAAUUCAUGUUGAUUUGACCUUGAUUAAAAAGAUGUAUAUUUUCUUGGUCCUGUCAUUUGAGAAAAAAGGUAAUAAAUGUAGAGUUGUCCAACUAACCCCCAUCUGUGCACUUUUUUGCGAGGGAACCUUUGGAUUUUUUUUAUGAGUUUGGCAAAUGUUGGUCAACUUUCUUCAAUAAGCAGUGUGAUUACAGAUCAUUUCUAUAAUGAAAAAAAACUACAGAGUGAAUAAGUUACAGUAGUCCUGAGAGCUCAACACACUGCACGUUAAGAAAACAUGCAAAGAGAAUGCUAAUGCUAAUUUAGAAAACCAUCAAUUUGACAACACAUGCGCUGCAAAUACACACAUUACAACCAAAUACAGAAAUGCGCUGCAAGUAGCACAGAUAUACAAUGCAAUUGUUUCCAGGGGACAUAAAAAGUGUUGAUAAAGAUAUUUUCUGAAUUUCCUUGUGUUUUCUCUAAUUGCACUUGUGUUUUCUUAAGUUGUAGUGCGUUAAGCUUUUAGGGCCACUGUAGUAAGUAUUAUUCCUGCAAUCAUUGCUUUUGCGACCACAAAACCCACCACAGCAGACCAACUGUUGCAUGUACAACACACCCUGUGGACCCUGUGGUUGCCUUUGAGCAUUGAGUAAAAUUUCUAUUUCGUGAAAAUGUGAAAUGUGUCCAUAGAUCAUUUACUUUACAUGUGUAUUUUUACCUGAUAAAUGUGAUUAAAAAGGGAGAAUAAUCUUGCUUCAC